UAACCCAUUCUCUCCUAAACCCUAACCCUUUCAAAGUCCUCUCUCUCUCUCUCUCUCUCACAGAACCAAACUUGACACUACAAAGAAUCAUCCCUUCCAUUUUACGGUCUCUUCACACUCAUUUCACAGAUCAGAGAAAUACCCAGAAAUGGCCUAUAUCUCUGCAUCAAAGCCGCCUCUUUUGAAACCUAGGUUUUACUUGAUUUCAAAUCCCAUUUCCCUCAAAUCCCUCUACUUCUUUUGCUCAUCUGCUCCAGACCCACCAAUCGAUACAUCACUCUCUUCCACCGAUCCAAUCCCAAACCCAGACCCAGACCCAGACCCAGACCCCCCUGUUUCAGCUGCUACGAUCGUGCCCGAAAGCCCCAAUGUUGAAGUGAUUGCGAAUCAGAGAACCCUAAGAGGUAAGCAUCGAAACCCAGAAAAAUUAGAGGAUAUUAUAUGUAGAAUGAUGGCCAAUCGGCCUUGGACGACUCGUUUACAGAACUCAAUUAGGAAUUUAGUGCCUGAAUUUGAUCAUUCGCUUGUUUAUAAUGUAUUGCACGGUGCUCGGAACUCGGAGCAUGCUCUCCAGUUUUUCCGGUGGGUCGAGCGAGCUGGGUUGUUCCAGCAUGAUAAAGAAACCCAUUUCAAGAUAAUUGAGAUUUUGGGUCGAGCUUCGAAGCUCAAUCAUGCCCGGUGUAUAUUGUUGGAUAUGACGAAGAAGGGUGUGGAAUGGGAUGAGGACAUGUUUGUUAUGUUGAUUGAUAGCUAUGGAAAGGCGGGUAUUGUUCAAGAGAGUGUGAAGAUUUUUCAGAAAAUGGAGGAAUUGGGUGUUGAGAGGACGAUAAAGUCCUAUGAUACUUUGUUCAAAGUGAUAAUGAGGCGAGGCCGGUAUAUGAUGGCCAAGAGGUAUUUUAACAAGAUGUUGAGUGAAGGGAUAAUGCCAACUUGCCACACCUUCAAUCUUAUGAUUUGGGGUUUUUUCCUUUCAUCGAGGGUUGAGACUGCAAAUCGAUUCUUUGAAGAGAUGAAAAGUAGAGAGAUUUCGCCUAAUGUGGUUACGUAUAAUACGAUGAUUAAUGGGUAUCAUAGAGUUAAAAAGAUGGAGGAGGCAGAGAAGUUUUUUGUGGAGAUGAAGGGAAGAAAUAUUGCUCCAACGGUGAUAAGUUAUACUACCAUGAUCAAAGGGUAUGUUUCGGUUGGACAAGUUGAUGAUGCGUUGAGAUUGCUUGAAGAGAUGAAAAGUUUUGGUAUUAAGCCAAAUGCAAUUACAUACUCUACUCUGUUGCCAGGGCUCUGUGAUGCAGAGAAAAUGCCUGAAGCUCGAAACAUUUUGAAGGAGAUGGUGGAGAAAUAUAUUCCUCCUAAGGAUAAUUCAAUCUUCAUAAGAUUGAUAUCUGGCCAGUGCAAGGCAGAUAACUUGGAUGCAGCUGCAGAUGUGCUCAAAGCAAUGAUUAGGUUGAGCAUUCCAACAGAGGCUGGACAUUAUGGUGUCUUAAUUGAGAAUUUUUGCAAGGCUGGUGUGUUUGAUCGGGCAGUUAAUUUGUUAGAUAAGCUGAUUGAAAAGGAAGUUAUUUUGAGGCCACAGAGCACUUUGGAGAUGGAGCCUAGUGCAUAUAACCCAAUGAUAAUGUACCUCUGCAACAAUGGGCAGACAGCAAAAGCUGAAACCUUUUUCCGGCAGUUGAUGAAAAAGGGUGUUCAGGAUCCCAUUGCCUUUAAUAAUCUCCUACGAGGACAUUCAACAGAAGGGAGUCCUGAUUCUGCUUUUGAAAUUUUGAACAUCAUGAUUAGGAGAAAGGUCCCAUCUGAAGGAAGUGCUCACAAGUUGCUUGUUGAGAGCUACUUGAAGAAAGGCGAGGCAGCUGAUGCUAAAACUGCUUUGGAUAGUAUGAUUGAACAAGGGCAUCUUCCAGAUUCAGCCCUUUAUAGAUCGGUGAUGCAGAGUCUGUUUGAAGAUGGGAGGAUUCAAACGGCAAGUCGUGUGAUGAAUACUAUGGUUGAAAAGGGGGUCAAGGAGAACAUGGACUUGGUUGCUAAGAUCUUGGAGGCUCUUCUUUUGAGGGGUCACGUUGAGGAAGCCCUUGGACGAAUUGACGUACUGAUGCACAGUGGCUGCACACCUGAUUUUGAUAAUCUUUUGUCUGUUCUUUGUGAGAAAGGGAAAACCAUUGCUGCUCUGAAGUUGUUAGAUUUUGGUUUGGAGAGAGACUUUAAUAUAGACUUUUCAAGCUAUGAUAAGGUAUUAGAUGCUCUUUUAGCAGCUGGGAAGACUCUUAAUGCAUAUUCAAUAUUGUGUAAAAUAAUGGAGAAAGGAGGACCUACUGAUGAAAGUAGCUGCAAGGAUCUGAUCAAGAGUCUUAACGAGGAGGGGAAUACAAAGCAAGCAGAUAUUCUCUCGAGGAUGAUGAUGGGAGGGGAUAAGGCUGCUAGGAGCAAGAAAGGGAAGAAACAGGCAUCCAUUGCCUUGUGACUUCAUUAUUCCUUUUUUCCCAUCAGUUCUGAGGUGAGAUUUUAUGGUUGAUUUCAACUUUGAGAAUUUUGAGAAGAGGUUUCAUUUUGAGAAAAUAAGUUAUAUGGAAUUCAAUGUAUUCUGUCUCUGCUUUCAAUUCUGAGUUUAUGAGGUUCAACUCAUGCAAGCAUCUUGUUUCUUCUUUUAUUUACUGUUGACUGAGGGAGAACAACAUAGUCUAUCAAACAAGGGACACAUUCUUUAGAGUGAAAAUUAGGAUCUAGUUUUUGAGGAUUACAAGUGAUGGGAUUUGAUCCUUCUGGACAAGAUUAUAACUUUAUUUUGUUUAUUGGCACCUCCCUGUGAUGGAUUUGUAGCUACUUUAAUGCAGGCAGCUUUGUGAUUGGUAUUAUUACAGAAAUCAUUGCUGAAAAUCCUCCUUUGGAUGAUUAUUAUUUUUAA